CUAAAGAUAAAUAGAUUUAGAUUAAUAUUCAGACUGUGUCUUUUGGGGAAUCCCCAACAAAAGAAAGGGGAAUUCCCAAAAAUAUUUCUGGAAAUAUUUUCUAUGAUUCAUUUCGUGAUGAUUUGUUACUUUACUUAUCUUUCAUUUUGUGAUUUGUAACAUCAAGGAAUAAAUAGAGGCGAAUAUCGGAUAAAUCAAGGUUCCCGGAACUAUACACUCAGUUUAAGUAUUUUUAAAGGCUUUAUCAAACUCAGUUGUAACAAAGAAGUUUACAAGCUCAGAAAAGGAAUAGAAUAAUUCUAACUCUAAUAUAGCCAGUAUGUUCUCAACAGCAUACCAUGGGUCUGUGGCCCAAUACAUUGAAGGUGGAAAAGAACCUGAAUUAGGGGACAUGCUAGAAUUUAAGAGAAGCUGCUUAUACAGUCAUUGGGCAAUAUAUGCAGGUAAUGGUAAGGUGAUACACCGCACAGGAGAUGGGGAUGGCAUUUCCAACAUUUCAGGAGCUGGAUCUCGUGUUGUAGCAACACCUUGCGGGCAGUUACUCAACAAGGCGAAGGUUCAAAUGGAUCAUAUACGGAAUGUUAUUGUCCAAGGAGUAAAAGCCAAGAUUAAUAACUAUAUGGGAAAGUCAAAAUGGUCUGGAUAUGAGAUUGUACGAAGAGCAAGGGAGAAAAUAGGAGAGAUUGGGUACAAUGUUAUUUACAAAAACUGUGAGCAUUUCUGCACAGAGAUGAGGUAUGGAGAAGACCAUAGCAAACAGGUCCAAGAUACUGCUGCUGGAGUAGCAAUAGCAGGAGCUAGUAUUCUUGGUGGAAUAGCAUUGGCAAAAGUAUUGGGCAAUAAAGACAAAUAAUCUUCAAAAUAAGUAGGGCCCACAGUCUGAAGUCUGGAUACUUCUUUGUGAUUUGAAAAUUAGCUGCAACAUGCAAUAAUUUAUCAACAUUAGAAUAAUGAAUACAGGAAAACAGGGAAGUAUAAGAAUUGUAGACGAGCAGUUAUAUUUUUUUUAAUACAAGAGUUUGUUGAUAUACAAAAAUUCAGUGGACAGUGCAAAUUAGAUCCGUCUUUAUACUACACUCUCAUUGGAUAACAAACACUCUCAUUGGAUAACAAACACUUUACAAAAUUUCUUGCAAUAUUUGGCACCCAUUUUUUAACAUAAUUCUUCACUAAGUAAUAACAUUUAUUUAUUGAUCCCCAAUGAAACAGAUUAAAUCCUGGGAAGUUAAACUUCUGCAACAGAGAAUAGAAGGAGAAUCACAUGAAAUUGAGAUAGGAAAUUACCAACUAGGGUUCUUAAGAUUCACCCAUAUGUAACAUUUGAAAAUAUCAGAGAUGAUAUUACAAUUUACUGCCAAUUAUUGUCAUUGUUACUGUGUUUAUUACAGUAUUUAAUUUGUAUUGUUAAAUUGUUAUCAUUGUAAAUUAUAUUGAUAGGCACUUUGUGUAUGUAGCAACUCAUUUCCCAUAAAAUGGGUGAGCUAAUAGAUCAUGCCAUUCAAUAUUAAUUAUGUUUAACAUCAUGUCAAGGGUCAUAUUCUUAGGAGAGUGGGAGAUGAAAAACAAGGAAUUCAAACAAGGAAUUAUAAACCACCUA